AAACUACAUCUAUGCUUUGCUUUCUAAGGUUGAUCCUGAUCUUCAUAACUUUAUGGACAGGUAAUAAUGGGUGUGAAAUUGAUAAACAAAAUUUUGGAUCUGGAAUCCUGAGUCACUGAAUCCAAAUAUGAGAAUCAAAAAAGUCGGGUGUGUCCCAGUGCUAUCUGAAUCUUGGCACCUGUCUUACCCAAAAAUAAGAUCUCAUCCCAAUCUCAAUCUUCCUAACAUUUUUGCUAAAAACGAAUACAAUCACCAAUUUUUGCAUAUUUAAAUCCUUUAUUCACAAGUGAGUUACACUGAGUGACAAAAAAAGGUAAACACCUAUGUAGGUUUAUCUGAUUUUAGACAUAUAUGUUCAGUGUCCCUUAAGAGUAAAAUGAUUAAAUUUUCAGCUUGAUUCAACUGACUGCAGAAGCUAGUUCAAUAAUGUGUUGAGGGCCCACGAUUUCUUAUACACUCAUUGACACGUCUGGACAUCAUGCUGAUAAGGUGGUCGAUAUCCUGUUGGAGUAUCUGAUUCCAGGCUACUGCAACAUCGUGAGUAAGAGCUGCUAAGAUCUGUGGAGGGUGUUGCAAAUUCAAGAGCCUGGGACCUAUCAUGUCCCAGACAUGUUCAGUUGGAGAUAAGUCAGGCGAUCGUUGUGGCCAAGGCAAACGGUUGAUGCGAUGUUGAUCCAUGAAGGCUAAUGAUGCUCUGGCAACAUGCGGUCUGGCAUUGUCUUGCUGAAGAAUCGGGUUUUGGAUGGUGUUUAGGUAUGGAAUAAGAUGAGUCUCCACUACUUCCUGAAUAUAGCGUCGGGCUGUCAUAUUGCCUCUGAUGAAAAUUAGUGAUCUGCUACCAUAAGCAAUAGCACCCCAUACCAUAACUCCCACGGUGUCGUGAACGUGACGACCUCUGUCAAAUUGUGGGUCACGUCUUUCACCUCGUCGCCUUCUCACACUUGCCCGACCAUCGUGCAUUCUCAGACCACCUGAUUCCAUUCCCAGUCCCAUAGAAUUCUUUUUCUAUACCAUAGCAAACGGUUACGCCAAACUGUCUUAUUCGGCGAUAUACCGUACGCAUACCAACCAUCCUUCCAUGCUCUUCAAACCACUGAUUAGCGAUGGCUCGAGUACUUCUGAAUCUGUCUCUCAGAGACAGAAGUCUUAAUCGGCGGUCUUGUCGCUCUGUGGUCCCUCUGGGACGUCCAGAACCCCUCGCUCGCUGUCCUCGGCCUUGCUCGUUCACACUGCAGUAUUCUGCGUAAGGAUCUGUUGGCCCUCCUAGAAACUUCUCUCAUUUAGCUUGGACACCCGGCGAAUUCUAUGCACUCUAGGCAUUUUGAGCAAUCACAAAAAGCCUUUUCAAUAAGCUACACAAAAUUUAAUCUUUAAGUGACACCGUAAAUGUACGAAAACUGAAUGCUUCUUUAUCACCAAACAAUACACGCAGCCACUACAAAAACUUAACAGGAAAACCUAACCAUUUUAUCACUUGUUGUUCAGGGCAAGAUAAAUCGAUAUGUAAAAAAUUAUUGAAUUCUAAUAAACAUACUUAGGUGUUUUUUUGUCACUCAGUAUAUAUUUUAUUGUCCUACUGAUUUACUAUUAAUUUUGUUCAGUGCCUCAGUAGGAACAAUGUUCGCUCUACCCUGGUACUUGACAUGGUUUGGCCAUUCAUUGAAUCAAUAUAGAGAUGUAGUGAGAUUGUAUGACUACUUUCUGGCAUCCCCACCAUUGAUGCCCCUUUACGUGGCUGCAUCACUGGUAGUACAGCGACGGAACGAAGUAUUUGCUGAAGGAUGUGAUAUGGCCAGCAUACACUGUCUACUUUCCCAAAUUCCGGACGAUCUUGAUUUUGAAGAUAUUUUGGAACGAGCAGCAGCAUAUUACAAACGAUACCCACCUGAAAAGCUGGAGCAUCUUGCGAAGAAACGCGUCCGUAAAGAACUUGAACAACGACAGCGUGAUGAGCAGAUAAUGAAGAACCGAUUGAACAGAAGCAAGAGUUUGUGGGUCAGGAUAAAUCGGAAUGUACCAAAAUGGUUGUUGUUUAACUGCCGAGGAAGAUAUGGCUUAUUGUUUGCUACAGCAACCGUUCUCUUUGGGUAUUUUUAUUUCGUCAAAAUAUCGGAAGAAAAAUUCUCAUUCAUGAGGUAGGAACUUGAUAUAACUUUUCUAGUUAACUUAUUAUCAACAUCUUGUAAGUGCCAACUGAGUGAUGAGAACAAUCUAUCGCAUCGACAAUUAUUUUACUAGAGAUCAUUUUCCAAAUAAAAAAUUAAAGAUGAUUUGUGGACUGAAGAAUGUUGGUCGUUCUAUUAACUCUCUUUCUGAGAAUAUAGUUGAAAUAUAAAAUAUGCAUAUUUAUCAUGGUUUUGUGAUUUUUUUAAAUAUCAUCCCUCCUAGGAAAAUUUGCUGCAAUACGUUCUUCAAACAAUUUUGAGGAUUCAUACACUUUUACAAUAUACAUAAACUUUUCUUUCUGAUUUCUAAUCGCUCCCCCUCUCUCAGAAGGAUGGCAGCGAGUUUCACUAAUACCCGUUUUACAUCAACAAUUUCUUCACGAAUUUGUUGUCAAUGUAAAAUGGGUAUAAAGAAAAAAUUGCGAACUUCAUAACAUGCAACAAAAAUUCAUAUUGAACAUAUUUUUUGAACGCGCUGCUUUUCUACAUUUUUUCCAGAAAUGAUUUUUUCAAAUAUAACCUGCAUUCUUUUCAGCAUGUUUAAUACUUGACAUUUGCUGCUGUCAGGACCAAUGAAAUACAUGACCCAUAAAAAAUUUUAUACGAUAUUCUAAAUAUUUAUUUUUGUAUUAUAAAAUUGUAAUAUAUUUAUAUAUGGUGAACUUUUUAACCCAUAGGAAACUUAUCUCUGCAUGUUUUGUGUAAUCUUAAGUUAUUUCUAUACUUUGUAACUUGUUAGAUCUGCAGGGAUGCUAAACUAUCAGUAAAAUUAAUUUUCUCAAAAUACAGGAGUGGUCAAGAAGGUCUGGGAGGAUUAGAAACAUAACCAAAGGAUUGGGAUCACAAUCCAUUAUUAUUAUACUACGUUGUUUGCUACUUUUUCAGUUUAAUUUGAUGCCAAUGCUUGUUCUUAUGGUGUUAAUAAUAAAAAAACUGAAUAUAGACUGUAAAACUGUUUUGUUGGGUUAAAAAUUUUACUUUAAUGGAUAGGUGUUAUUCUUGUAUGUGCAAUACCAAAAUAAGCGCUUUAAACAAAGGUGAAAGUAUUCUUUUUACAAUUUUCAUUCAAUUUUUUAUAUGGUUUUGUAUCUUUAAUUUAUUGCAAUAAUUUACGUUGGAGUACCUCUAUUUAUUAUGUACAAAAAUACUAGUUGAAUGAUGUAAUUCACGUUGUUGCAUAGUAAACGAUUGAUUAUUUCCC